AUGGAGUUUAAUACCAAGCUAUAUGGUGGACAUCGGGGGGCGAGAAAAUUCUGGCGCGAAAUGCUCCCGAGAAUGAAAUACCGCAACCCCACCGUCCUCAUGGAAAUCCACCGGCACACCCAGGCAGACGGCCCCUCCCUCCUACACAUCUUCACGCACACCAAACCCACCGCUACCCCGCAACAACCACAACAACAACAAGGACCGGCCGCGUCCACACCCGAGGCCCCAACCUCGGAGCCCACGUACACGCUCAACAUACGCGACCAGCAGGAAUCCGAGAUCCUCGAGACGCUGCUCAAGACGCUGCCGGGGUGCCAGGAGGUGCCGGCGACGGAGGCGGAUCAAGAGAAGAUGAAGGAGUUGGCGGAGAAGAGGGAGCGCAGUGAGAUGGAUAGGCAGUUGAUGCGGGAGACGCUGCUGAUGGAGCGCAAGGAGGCGGAGAUGUUGAAGUUGGCGAGGGGGGAGACGGAUGCUUCUUUUGCUUAG